CCCCGACUGACCCGACAGGAGAGACCCGCUUUUCCUCUUUAUCCUAUCUUCUAUCAGCUAUCGGUUAUCAGCUAUCGCCAUCGUGUCUGACCGUCCGCGUCUUGGCUCGAUGAAUGGCCGACAUCCAUUCCCCCCUGCAUCACAGCCAGCCGCCCGUCAUGUCGUUGGCAAGUGGAGAUGGCCUUUGCGCCUGAAGGCUGAUUUCUGAUCAAUGCACCGAGCAACUGAACAGGGUUGGUGGGAGCUACCCACCGGGUCCACGCUUUCCCAUCUGCAGGAGGAUCUUCCAAUGCCGCCCGUCCCCGCUCGAUGUCUUUCUCGCCAGUCACCCCCUCUUGAGGUCUUGUUGCGUCCCUUGAUGCCAAGCCCCAGGCCUGUCCGGACUCCCGGCGGUCCUCUCGCAGCCUCCAAGAGGCCCUGGACGAUAUUGUAUGCACCUAGGCUUCAACGGCUAACGGGUUGCUGAAGGCUGAGCCGUUGUGAUUGGCGCUCUGCUGGCUCAUGUCGGUGUAUCGUUAUCUCCGAGGAUUCUUGCGUAACGUGAAGAGAGGAAAAUGCGAUUCCUGCUAUCCCCCUUCUGCAUCGGGAUAUGAGCGCUUUUUUUUUUUUGUGUCUUUU